CAUCCGCUCAUAACCGACUUGUCGAAAUGGUUAAGAGUGUGAGCCGGUGCGAACUAACUGCAAUCACCUAACUGUUACCGUUUGUAGCGAACGCGCGCGCAAGGGACAGCGGUCGACGCGCGAAAUUUGCAUAAAUUCAAAUUAAGUACUCAAUUCGCAAUACUAAUGCGCUAAACCUGAAUUGAGACCUUUGACAUCAAACGGGACCUACAAUUUCUAGUGACGUAGUGAUGAUAUUUUGGUUGUGAGCAAUUUCUUAAUAAGGAUAAGUGAUAAUGGCGGUCGAAACCAAAGCCACGGAAAAAAAUCUUAAUAUUAACGGCAAUGACUUAAAUGGAACACUCGUAAUAAGGAAUAGCUUUAACAAAUGUAAAUCAAACAAAGAAAGUAAUGAAAAGACAGAAAACAUUGACGAUGGCUGGAAAGACUUGGAUAUUAUACAAAAGGCGAGACGGAUGAUUUCUCUUAUUACGGUGGAACCAAUUCUCGCUUGCUAUGUGAUGCCAUCUGUACUUUCAGCAUUGGCUACACAAAACUUAUAUUUAGAAAAAGCAUGUAGAGUGAAUCUUGGAUUUGAAGGUCAUGUAUGCGAUGCUUUGACACGUAGAGAAACAGCCAACUAUACGUUCGAAGAAGAGGCUGUCCAAACGCUGGUAGCAUCGGUCGCCGGCUGGAAAACUGUGCUUCAAUCAUUUUUGCCUUGCGGAAUCCUAAUAUUCUUGGGCGCCUAUAGUGAUAGAGUGGGACAGAGAAAAUUUUGUAUGCUCCUACCUAUAAUCGGAGAAUUUUUAACAAGUGUCGGACUUAUUGUGAAUACUUUCUUUUUCUACCAGCUUCCUGUGGAAGUAGCAGCAGUGACUGAAGCUAUAUUUCCUGCUCUUACAGGAGGCUGGGUGACAAUGUUCAUGGGAGUGUUCAGUUAUAUAGCAGAUGUGACAACAGAAGACCAACGGACGUUGCGAAUAGGAGUUGUAAAUCUUUUCUAUUCCUUGGGAGUGCCAGUGGGAGCUGCUCUAAGUGGGAUUUUGGUGCGAAAGAUAGGGCUGUAUGGAGUGUUUUCCUUAAGUGCAACGCUUUACAUCCUUAGUUUUAUGUACGGAUUCUUCAGGAUCAAGGAAGUGAAGAAACCCGACACAAAUGUGAAGCCGCCCAAGAACUGCUGUGAAUGGUUGCACACAUUCUUCGACAUGAGCUUGGUGAAGGAGACGCUCCUAGUGGCGUUCCGGCGCGGGCCCAACAACCGCCGGCUGCGCGUGAUCAUGCUCGUCGUCGUGCUGUGCGUCGUCAUCGGCCCUAUCUACGGUGAAAUGUCAGUGAUGUACCUGUUCACGAGGUACCGCUUCAACUGGAACGAGGUCGACUUCAGCGUGUUCUCUACGUAUGCUAUGUGCACUUCGUUAGUCGGCACUCUGUUUUCUGUGGGCGUGUUCAGUCACCUGCUGAAAUUCGACGACGCCAUCAUAGGAGUGAUAUCAUGUACUAGUAAAAUUCUAUCAGGGUUCAUGUACGCAUUUGCUACGAAAACUUGGCAUAUUUAUAUAGCUCCAUUAAUCGAAAUCUUCAGCGGAACGUCCUUUAUCGCCAUGAGGUCAAUGGUUUCAAAAUUAGUCGAAAAAGAUGAGUUAGGCAAGGUGAAUUCGUUCUUCGGCGUGGCAGAAGCGAUGAUGCCUCUUGUAUAUGCGCCAAUGUACACGAGCACUUACACUGCGACCAUCAAGUCCUUCCCAGGAGCGUUUUUCUUGCUGGGUGGCGCUCUAACCGUCCCUGCCGUUGUCAUAUUCUUAUGGUUAUAUUUAGCAAGCAAGAAAUAUAGUAUCAAAUCAUCAGACCAGGAAACAGACCCAAAAAUUGAAGACGCUCCGGUAAAGACGGGCCUUGAUAAUAAAGCGUUUGAAGACGACAAGGAUGGCAACAGCCGGACGAAGAGGAUCGACAAUAUGAUCAACACAUCUGCAGCAGAUAAAGAAAACAUACGGCAGUCGCAGAUCGAAACUGGUUUCACAGAAAGUAUGCAUAGUACCAGUAAAUUGUGAUUUUUAUUAUGUCAAUAUUACAAAAAAAUUACUGAUGUCUCAGAUCGCCAUUUUUAAAUAGUCGGGCGAAACAAAAGCGACUUGCGAUCUGAUGCUUUCUUUAUUACCGCCCGUACUGUACAAUAUUAACCCCCUUUCUAACCUAAGAAGCUUCUAUGAGUUAAUUUAUAUUUUAUCUCUUUAUAACAAACAAUAACUAAGUAGCAGGUAAAAAAUAAAUUGAUAGUAACUACUUAAUUCUUAUAAGAAAGACGUUAAUGUAAAACGUCAUGAGUCUGGCCUGAAAGGGUUUCUUGCCAGUGCAGCGGGCGGUAAGUGCCGCAUUACUGGAGCUAUAAAAUCAGAGAUGAUAUUUCAAAACAGCCAUUAUUGUACACAGCCAAAAAAAUCGGAAUGCUCUUUUUUUGGUGUCGGUUAAAAUAGACAUAUCUUUCAUAUUUUAUCUAGUAUCAUUCUAAAAAGUAAAACAUUAUUCUGUGUACAUCAAUUUCUGGAAAACGAUUUUGAAAUAUUCAUUCGUGAAUUGGUCGCACGUUUCAAAUAUGUGAUUUCUGUACUGUGAUAAUUAUGGCAAUGUUAUGCAGGACAGACUCUGCUGUAACAUUGAAAGCAAUAAAUGCACUAGACAAAAUUAAAUGUAAUGUGAUUGUGCGAGUAUACGAUAUAAAAAUAAUAAUAUCUUUAGUACUUAAGUAAUACUUUAGACUAGUUUCUUAUAACGUGUGAGACUUUAGAUGAUUAUUAAAUUGAAGCAUAUAGUGAAUUUUUCCACAAAAGAUAAGGAUGCAAUUUUGUUUGUGUUAUGGUGAGACAUAUCCUCUUCUAUUUGUGAAAUUAUUGAUUCAAUUUUCUGCCGAGCGAACUUAAUGUAAUUGUGUAAUCUCAUAGUUUUUGUCGCUAGUCUGCAGCUAUUUUGAUAGUCCACGCUGUGCAAGUGUUAUUUGUACGUCUUAGUGUUAUUUCAUAGAAGUUUGACGUUUAAAAUGACACUUAAUUGCACUGCGUGGGGCCGUGGGCUAUAAAAAUCACUACAGACUUUUCUUGGUCUAACUCAAUGAAGUUUUGAAGUUCACUCUUCGGAAAAUAUACGCUGAUGGGGAUUUUGCCGGUGUUAAAACUGACAUGUUGAUAAAUAGACAAAACUUAUGCCGGAUAUUCAUUAGGCAACUUUUGUUAAUAAACACUGUUUAAAGACUGUUGUAAACAGUGUUGGACGAUGUUUCCUCUGUAAACAUGUUUAUAAACAAGGAUGAUGAAAUAUUGUUGCAUAAACAUGUUGCCUUGUUCCCCACUCUAGGUGGAUAGCAAGACGAAACAUUCAGUUUAUAAACAGAUGUCAUCGAGUGUGGACGUGUGACACGCAAGUUUAGGAACAUGGAAAUAGUACUACUUCCUCGGGCGACAUCCUAGCAACAACUAAACUAGUGUGGACUGCUAAGUUUCAGAAACAGUGUUUACGGUAAACUUGUUCCAAAACAUGGUGAUCAAAUUCAUAAACAGUUUAUUAACAAAUGUUGCCUAAUGAAUACCCGGCUUUAAAUAAGGCUUAUAUCUAUAUAAAAUGAGUUGGACGCCGGUCGUCAGGCAGGAGGCUAUACCAUUUAAAUAGGUAUCACAAUAACAAUAAAUGUAAAAUAAAUUAAAACAUUACAGUUGUAUGAUCAAUUUAGGCACAUUAGCUUCAGUUUAUUAAUCAUAUACCUGGACACCUGAUUAAAUUUAUUGUGUGCGUACUUAUUCCAUAGGACAUAAUAAAGAAGAUUUUGACUAAAA